AUGACUCGAGAGCAUCUUCAGAUUCAAGAGUGUCUUCAGGUUGACGAAAAGGUCCUAGGCCUUUCUCCCGAAACUCUUUCUCAAAAUUCUUCCUCAACUGAGACUCUAAGCGAGAUUCGAGUGCCCCUUGGCCUCGAGGCUCUCGAACCUUCAUUCUCUCUUUCUCAUCAUCUUCGCUCUAUCGGAGUUGACGCUUUAAAAACAGGAGAUGAGGUGGACAAAUUCCUGUCACCAUUCAAUUGGUCAGGUCGGAAGAAGACCAUCACUCUACUGGGACCCUUCAUGGCAUCGACCCUCGCGGCAUACGCAGCUGGAGCCUACGCACUGGCUUCAGAGCCACUUCGCGGAAAAUGGGACAUCAGCGACACCCUCUUCAAUAUUGGAAUUUCUCUUUUCGUUGUCGGCUUUGCCUUUACUCCCAUGAUUCUCGCCCCCACCAGCGAAACGCACGGCCGAUACUGGACCUUUGUUGGCUCUGGCGUCGUCUUCUUCUUGGGAACUUUGGGGUGCGCCGUGACGGAAAGCUACGCCGGCAUGAUUAUCUCUCGUCUUAUCACGGGUAACGGAGCCGCAGUUUUUGCUACUCUCACCGGUGGUGUUGUGAGUGAUCUCUAUCGCAAGGAGGACCGCAACACGCCAAUGGCAUUAUACUCCAUGACGAUCAUGGUCGGUGCUGGUCUCGGACCAUUGGUCAGCGGCAGUGUUGUGGAGCUUCUCGGCUGGCGAUGGAUAUUCUUCAUUCAAGUCAUCGCCAUUGGCAUAACAACGACAACGUUAUUCCUCUUGUUUGAAGAAACAAGAAGCAACGUCCUUUUGCGCCGAAAGUGCUUCGUCCUGAAUGCGAUCCCUAUAAAGACAUCAGCAGGAAAGCUAAUCAGCUUUGCGCCUGCAAUGGAAGAACGUCUCAAUAUUGAGGUCAGCAUUAUCUGGCGAAGCUUUGCUUUCCCACUGCGGCUUCUUUCAAAGGAGCCUAUUGUGUCUUGUAUGUCUCUAUGGGUCUCUUUUGCUUGGGCGAUCAUGUACAUGCAAUUCAGCAGUAUUGGACUGGUGUUCCGCCGCGUGUAUGGCUUUGACAACGCCGAGGUCGGUGCGGUCUAUACUUCUACUAUUGUGGGCUCAAUCGUUGGCAUCGGCAUCUCCUUAUUGCAGGAACCGAUCAUAAAACUAGUGAUGCCUCACAAGAAGCCGUUGUCUACACCGGAACAACGUCUUCUAUCGCCUUGCAUACAGUCGAUCCUCUUACCGAUUGGCCUUGUUUGGUUCUUCAUGACAGCCAGACCAGGUAUUUCGUGGAUAUCUCCAUGCAUUGCUCUUGGAGCGUGUUCAAUGGGUAUCUUCAGCAUCUAUCUUGCCGUCUUUAACUAUCUCGCUGACACGUAUCAUGGGUAUGCCUCGUCGGCACUGGCAGCCCAGAGUCUGUGUCGAAAUAUCUUGGGCGGAGUAUUUCCACUUGUCACGGCUAGUAUGACGGACAGUUUGACGCUACAAGGUACAGGUGGCUUGCUUGGUGGAGUUGGAUUGUUGUUGACUGGUAUUCCAUGGCUGUUGUACUCUUAUGGUCACAGAAUUAGAGCUCGCAGUCCUUUCGCAAAGGGCAUGGAGUGA